AUGCAGUCACUUUCACUGGAGACUGUGCAAUCCAGUAACACCCUCCAGCCAGUAACACCCUCCAGCCAGCAACACCCUCCAGCCAGCCAUACCCCCCUCCAGCCAGUAACACCCCCCAGCCAGCAACACCCUCCAGCCAGCAACGCCCCCUCCAGCAACACCACCUCCAGCAACACCCCUCAGCCACCCCCUCCAGCCAGCAACACCCUUCAGCCACCCCCUCCAGCCACCAGCAACGCCCCCUCCAGCAACACCCCUCAGCCACCCCCUCCAACCAGCAACACCCCCUCCAGCAACACCCCCUCCAGCAACACCCCUCAGCCACCCCCUCCAGCCAGCAACACCACCCAGCCAGCAACACCCCCUCCAGCCAGUAACACCCCCCCAGCCAGCAACGCCACCUCAGCCACCCCCUCCAGCAACACCCCUCAACCACCCACUCCAGCCAGCAACACCCUCCAGCAAACACCCCUCAACACCCCUCAAGCCACCACCCAGAUACACCCCGACCAGCCAACCAGCCAAACCCUGAACAGCCACCUAGUCACUCUCAACCUACCAUCCACCCCCGCCUACCCAACCACACACAACCACCCAGCCAUACCCAACCAGCCACCUAGCCACACCCACCCAGUCACAUCCAACCACACCCCACCCCCAACCAACCAGCUACACCCAGCCACACUCAACCAGCUACACCCAGCCACACUCAACCAUUCAUCCAGCCACACCCACCCAGCCAAACACAACCUUCCACCAGCCACACCCAAUCACCCCCAACCCGCCCAACCAACACCAUCCACACCCACCCAGCCCACACUUAUCCAACCAAUCCUCCCCCACACCCACCCAGCACACCCAACAUCCACACCAUCACCCAAUCACUCCCCCCACACCAACCCAGCUACCCCCAACCAGCCAACAACACCCCAAACAAACAACACCCCCCAGCCAACAACAACCCCAACCAACACCACCCCAAUCUCUUGCCCAGCCAACAAUCAACCCUCCAGGAUCAUUUACACUCCCAGCAUGCCACCAACUUCAACACCUCUACCCAAAACCUCAACAUCAACCCACCCAACUCCAUUAUUAUAA